AUGCUGUCAAUAAGUGUACACUGGAAUAAGUCACGUGACAACGGAGAAAGCGAUAUAUUGGAUCACAGAAUAAGACUACUUGAUGCCGAAAACAAGGUGCAACAAGUACACCAAGGAAAACGAAACAACUAUUUUAGUAGUCGAAAACUGAGGCGAAACAGAACUGAUGUUAUAGUUUUGCAAUCUCGAAAUGUGAUCGGCUACGGCAAGGAGAAGAAUGUUACUGUUUCAACGCUCGAGGGGGCUUUAAUAUUUUCUUUUUGUACUUUUACAGUUUUAUAUUAUCUCAUUCAUUCCUUUCUUCAAUCGAUCAAUCGUGAACUAUAUCAAGCAUUCAAUUAAUGCGCAAUCAAUCCAUCAAACCAUACGUUUAUCACUGCUGAUUAAUCAGGGAACAUACAUGAUUUUUCUUCUUUCUUUUUCCUCUAUAAUUCUAUGUUUUCGAUCUCUCUCUCUCUCUCUCUGGUUUCCUUAAAAUUCGUUAACCAUUUUGUGUGAGUUUGGAGACCAUUUAAUAAACAAUUAUUGGAUGAGGUUGAGCAUGAUAUCAUGAAUUAUCAAAACCGAGGUCUGUGUUAUCUGCCGAAGCCGAAGGCUGAGGCAGAUAAUGCAGACACGAGGUUUUGAUAAUUCAUGAUAUCAUGCGAAAACCGAAUUCAAUAAUUGUUUUAUUUCACAUUUUUUAAACAAUAGGCAAAAGAAGACAUUCAGCCAUUCUGUUUCUGAGGAGAACACUCCAAGGGGCUUGAUAACUAGGCAGACGUUGAACUUGAAAUGAUAAAUGCAAUAUCUGCGGCAGAUAUUGCAUUUAUCAUGCCAAGUUCACAAGCUAUUGUGAAUUGAUUGAAUGCUCUCGACCAAUCAGCUUUUUCAUAGUGAGUCUGAUGUAUAAUAAAAGCACGUGAUUGCACGCAAAUUGCUCUAUGUUAAAUGAGAGUCUCAUUUUUUUCAGAUCCCCCAAUAAUCCUGGGCGUAACCGCCGUUCCGAGUUUACUUGCAGUGAACAUAUCAUGGAAUUCGACAAAUAACAAUACAGGAAUAGAGAUUUUGGAUUACAAACUUGUGAUUAUAGACACUAAAACGCAACGGAGGCGGGAGAUCUUUGGAAUAACUGUUUCCAACCAUUAUGUCACGAGUUUAAGGCAUAACACAACAUAUCUUGUGAUGGUACAAGCAAGAAAUGAAAUCGGCUACGGCAAAUCAGUGAGCAGGAAUGUAACAACGCUAAAAGCAGGUCAGAAAAUAGCGCAGCCUGAGAAAAAAACCAACAUUUCUAGACGCCACUACUGGUUUCCCCAGAAUGACGACUGAGAGACGAGCCAAGAAAUUUCACACUGGUGACAUGUCACUGCCCAGUUCUGGAUAGAUUUGAGGACGAGAACGAGUACGAGUACGAGAUUUCCGAGAUCUUUUUUUACGCGUGUUCUCAAAAAAAGACACCCUGGAAAGCUUCAUUAUAGUUUCUUUCACCAACAAAGUUAGUAGGGUUAUUUAUAUUGAAGGAGGCUAAGCCCUCUCCCGAUGGCAAAAUGAUUAAACUUCUUACAUUUGAUAACGUGUUCCCGCCACUACGACAUUCUAGCUAAACCUCGUGGUAGAAUGACUACGGCUACCACGUUUUCCCGCCAAAAUGACGCUGGUUCUCGCGAGAGCACUACCCAGUAUUGAGAAAAUCUCGUGUUCGUAGCCGUCCUCGUCUCAGAAUCUAAAGCUCUCUAAUAAUCCCCCUGCAAAUGUAUUUGAAAAGAAUUCCAUAUUUUUAUGACGUUUGACCCUAAUUAAGAAUCAGUCAAUGCAUCGAAGCACUGUUUCUAUUCUGCUUCUACUCUUGGCCCCUCCAUUUACAAGAUUUUUACUGUACAUUUACAGUCAAAGGUCUCCUUUUGCAAUAACAGGUCCACCCGAGGCUCCAUUGAUAACAAACAUUACUGUAAAUGGAAUUCGAUGCAUUUUACAAUGGAAAAAACCGUACAAUGGAGAAAGUCCUAUCCAGAUGUAUUCAGUAUCCGUCUGGAUACUUCUAUCUGCCAACAAUGGCUCAAACUAUAAGAAUCGCCUAGGUUCCUGGAACACAAACGGCACGAACUUCACUUUAGAUGUAGAGUGGAAUCAUAAUUACACGACGUCUGUCUCCGCGUGGAACAAGCAUGGUCAAAGCGUCUCUAGUGCGGAGAGGCAAUUCAAAACAGGUAGAUUCCCUCAAGGUAUAAAGAAUUCAUCACGUUGAUUGAAUGUAAUUAGUUUGUUUGUUUUCCGUUUGUUUUUGUUUUGUUUUGUUUGUUUUGUUGUUUUCCAACGUCAGACCAACAAGUAUAUCAGUUAACAGCAACGGUCAAACGAACAACUACAUCGGCUGGUCAGUUAAUUUUGGAAUAUGAAACAGUCGAUGAGAUUCCGAGUUCAUAGUCCAUUCAUCAGAUUACUAGAUCGCCAUUCGCCCUAAGAAUGUCACAAAUGAUUAAUCUGUCACCAUUUAACAAGUUCUUAAUGUCGACUUCUUUGGGAAAAUCCAAUGCGGAUCCUUCAAUCCAAAAACGGACUUUAAGUUCUUUUUGGAAAAAAAAUCACGCUGCAAGUGGAUUCAUUAGAUCAAAUCUAAAUCCGUACACUGGUUAAAACCACGUCCGUGCAUAGUAUUUGUUCACCAUCAAAUAACACGAUUUCAAAUUUGUCAUGCUCCAAAAAAGACUUGAAUUUUGCUUUGCAGAACCACGAACAACUCCGAGAAACACAGAAGUAUUCUCAACUACCCCAUCUGUGAUAGAUGAAGGUAGGUAUAAUAAAAACUGUGCCAUCAGUGUAAUAAGUAGAAUAUUUCACCCUGAUCCCCUACACUAGGGAACCGGUCAUUAUUUAUCGCCGGGGGGGCGCAGGAUAUUGGGGGGAUCACUUGAUUUUUAGGAGAACAAAAUGGGGGAUCAGUCGCAACUGAGAACCCAAAAGGAGGGAUCGCUGAAAACUUUGGAGGAAUUCAGAUGGGGUACCACUCAAAUUUUCUUGGAAAAUGAAGACAUGGGCGGGGGGGGGGGAUCGCGAAAGUCAUCAAAUGUUAUUAGGGGGGAUCACUUCAGUGAAGUAACAUUCAAAGGGGGGAUCGGCUAAAUUUCACCUUGUUUAGCCUUAAAUCCUCCCCCCCCCCCCCCAGGCGAUACAUAAUGACCCGCCCCUAGAGCUACACCCCAUAACUGCGAUUUGUGUUAACAGUCUUCCCAACAAAGGUAAAAUCGUAACUUGUAAACCUAUAAACUGUUUAUCCACGGAGCUCUUAGAACAUAAGAACUCGUUAAAACGUGUCCGUGCGGUUUGUUUUUAAGGAGAGGGAGAAAACCAGAGCACCCGGAGAAAAAUCUCUCGGAACAAGGGAGAGAAGCAGUAACAAACUUAACCCACAUAAUUACGGCGUCGACGCCGGGAAUUGACAGCGGGCCACAUUUGUGGGAGGCGAGUUCUCUCACCACUGCCCACCGUUGCUCCCCGGUGACUAAAACAUUGUAGGCUUUUCCAUGACGUUACGAAAUCUCAUAGAUUGUUUGAUUAAUUUAUUUUUUUUAGAUACAAGUUCCACAGUGGAGGUCGCCUCUCAAUGGACGAAGCACCGUACAGUUUUUAAAGGUACUUUAUCUACUGAUGUCACUUAGCCUAGGCCAAACGUUGAACUUUCCCGAGAUUAACCAAACGUAGUGAGUUAAGUUCAUGAAAAUUUCGACGUCUUGCUCAGUCAAGUUCGCCUGAAUGAGUUUGGAUCGUCCAACACGUAACGUCUGAAGAUCGUCUCCCGAAAACUUGAACCUCAAUCUUCACAUGCGACGAACUAAACUAAUAAAUUAAAAAUUUGUAUGAUAAUGUAUAUUUAGCCUUGUUCGGCUAAAAUUGUUUUCUGGUUCGACGCGUCUUAAGGUUGACAGACGAUCUUAUGAAAAGUUGGAAGUUUGGCCUAGCCUAACUCUAACGGAAAUUCGACAACAUUAUUGCAGCAGACGUUAUCGAUCAAAAUCACUUUUGCAUUCCUUUUCUUUUAAUCUUAUUAAUGUUCUCCUGCUUUGCUCCUUUCUGACUUGAUAAAAUCAAAGAUGGUGGCCAUUUAUGGUCCUGGCGGAAUUUUUGCGUCAUAUUACGUCAUCAAAUGACAUCCUUUACUACCCUAGCCUAGAAUUUAUCCGAUGCCCUAUGGCCCUUUACGUUUCCUUUUAUCUCAGAACGUGAAAAGAUGAGCUAGCUCUUAGUAAUAACUUAACGCCGUUAUUCCUUUGUAUCCAUUAGUUACGAAAGAUCGAUCAGGCGCCAAAGAAGAAGUCAAGACAAACACUUUUACUAACCUAGCACCAUUGUGGAUUGUAAUCUUGGCUUUCGCGGUCCCUGCUGUUGUGUUCAUGCUGUGGAAAGGAACACAAAAAAGUAAGUAAGAAGGUAGUAGAUAAGCACUGAUCCCUAACUUAGACGCCGAAUGCAAUGAUCAAGGCCACGCAUGCGCAACUGUGACUCCACAUGCUUUUUUUCUUUGCUUGAUGUCUCUUUGAAAUGCUGUCUUUAACUCUUAAGGGGCAAGGCUACUUAGAAAUCUAUCAAUUAUAUAGAUCCAGAAUGACCUGAUCUUGUUAAAUCCUUUCACUCAAAACAGUGGCCAAAGUUAAAACUCGCAGAAAUUUAAAUUUCUUUUCGUAAAAUCCUAAGAAAUCAAAGGAUCGAAUUGCUCCACGUUAAGGCCAUACAACCCGACGAGGAUUCCGAUUUGUUACAACACUGUUGCCCUAAAAAAUCGUGUCGUGUAACAUUACCUUUAAUGGAGUGGAAAUGAAACCUAUGAAAGUCUACGAACCGUCUCCAAAACAUCUUUGGUUUUGCAUUACACAGAAUCCAUCAGAGUUGUGAAACGUGAGGCAAACAUCCCAAAAAGAUGCAAUAUCACUGUAACAUGGCUUUAUGCCAUUUUUUAAAUAACUGUAUAUGUUCUUUCAUAGUUAUGCAACGCUGCAGAAGACCUCCAUGUCAAAGGCGAAGGCAGUUUCAUAAGUGAGUAUGAUAGAGAAAUGCCACUUGUUCAAAGCGAGACUAAAAUAAAAUAAGAGGUCUAACUCACAGACUGUCCCUCUGAUAGUGGUUGCAGAAAAGGGUUAUAUAGUAUAAGUGUUUUGUAGUGUCACCGUGUGAAAAUUCUGUCUACGCCUUGUAACGAAUUCGAAGUGUUAGUGCGAUGCCGCUCGUUAAUCAAGGAAUGUUGUUCUACCUGACCUCCAUACAUGACUUUUCGCGCUUUCAAAACAUCACAUCUAUUUUCUUUCUAGCAGAGACAAUGAGUCUUCAGCAACAGUGAUCUUGGAUGAAAUGCAGGCUAGAACG